CCUCUUCAGUCUUUUAUUUCUUAGCUACUUUUGAUUGCUUCCAGUUUCACAUUGCUGCUGUCUAUGGGACAAUAAUAAUCUGCUAUUGGUACACGAUGUUGUUACAAUCCAUCAGAUGCCAUUUUGUUCUCCUCAGCAUUUCAGUCCUCAUCACCGGAAUUUAUGGUGAAUGUGGGCCUCCUCCUAGACUGACAGAAGCAGAGUUGCGUGCAGAAUAUUCAAAUGAAAACUUAUUUACUGAAAAUGCUACCAUUAAAUAUGAUUGUCGGCCUGGCUUUGUUCGUAUUCCUGGUCAAAAUCGCGUUCUAACCUGCUUGAAGAACUUCACAUGGUCAACCCCUGAUGAAUUCUGUACAAGAAGAAGGUGUCCCAGUCUGUCAGAAAUAGAAAAUGGAUAUUUUGAAGCUAAAGAUUUUUUAUUUGGCUCAAGAGCAACCUAUUACUGUAAUGAAGGGUACAGAAUGCUAUCAAGCAGAACUUAUAGAGAUUGUACAGCUGAUGGAACUUGGAGUAAUGCGGAUCCAGUAUGUGAAGUUGUAAUUUGUUCUCCACCUGACUCUAUUCCUGAUGGAGCCUAUAACCCAGUAAAGGAUGAAUAUUUCUAUCUGGAUAGUGUCGUAUACAGUUGCAGUAAAAAUCUGGCCCUUGUUGGCGCAAGCACUAUAUCUUGCGGAAGUGAAGGAACCUGGAGUCCAGAUAUACCUAUCUGUAAAGUUGUGAGCUGUCCAAGUCCAAACAUACCCAAUGCAGAUAGGAUGUCAGGAUUUGUUGGUCCGUACAUAUUAAAUUCUGGAGUGUCAUUUAAGUGUAAGGUUGGUUUCUAUAUAAAUGGAUCCAGCAUCUCCACAUGCAAUAUUGAUAGUCACUGGGAGCCACCGUUACCUGAAUGUCUGCCUGUAACUUGUACUCUUCCCGAAAGUAUUUCCAAUGGAACUUAUACCCCAGUAAAGGGUAUAUACUACUAUAUGGACAGUGUCAGAUACAGUUGUGGAAAAGAUUUGGAACUUAUUGGUAGUAAAAGUAUACACUGUUUACUUGAAGGAACCUGGAGUUCAAAGGCACCUAUAUGUAAAGUUGUGAGGUGCCCAGACCCAAAUGUCACCAAUUCAGAAAUGUGGCCAAGACGUGAUGGUCGCUACAGAUUAAAUUCUAUAGUUUAUCUCAGGUGUAAGGAUGGUUUCAACAUGAAUGGAUCCAGUAAAACAACAUGCCAACUCGAUAGCAAAUGGAGUCCGCCUUUACCUGAAUGCCUGCCUGUAACCUGUCUUCGACCUACAAGUAUUCUUAAUGGAUCAUAUACCCCAGUAAAGGAUCGAUACAACUAUAAGGACACUGUCACAUACAACUGCAUAAACGAUUUGACACUUGUUGGCAAGAACAUUGUAUCAUGUGAUAAAACAGGAAGCUGGAAUUCAAGUGCACCGAUAUGUAAAGUUGUAACCUGUCAAGAACCAGAAGUUGCCAAUUCAGAAAAAGUGUCAGGUGUUUGCGGUACUUACAUUGCAAACUCUGAUGUUACGUUUAAGUGCAAGAGCGGUUUCACCAUGAAAGGAUUCAGCUAUUCUAAAUGCAGUACUGCUGGUCAGUGGGAGCCGCCGUUACCAAAGUGCAUCAUGGUAACUUGCCCAAAACCAGAAGUCGCCAAUUCAGAAACAGUGGAAGGUUUUUGUGGUACUUACAUCAUGAACUCUCGCGCUACAUUUAAAUGUAAGAGUGGUUUCACCAUGAAAGGAUCCAUCUUUUCUACAUGCAGUACUGAUGGUCAGUGGGAGCCGCCGUUACCUGAGUGCCUCUUAUCAUCAUCAAUACCCUCAACUGUGGAACUUACAAUGGCUGCAACCCUCUCAAAUCCGGGAACAGAAUGUGAUAAAAUCAAAGCCAUGACAGAAGCUACGAGGAAAUGUGGUGCAGCACCAGAAGACUGGAAAAAUUAUCUGGAAGCAGAAUAUCUCUAUUUGCAGAUAGAGAAUCUCAAGCUGGAUAUUGAGAGGAAGAAAAAAAAACUGGCAGAAGGCAUACAUGAUUAAUAUAUCACUCACAAUGCUAAAAAGGAUGCAGUGUGCAGAGAAAUAUUAAUGGCUAAUAACAAAAUAUGAUAACAGUUAUAUUACUUAAAAUAUGACUUCUGUCUACUUAACAAGGUGUCUAGAAAUGAUUUAAAGGGCCAUAAUACCCAAAUGUUUAAACACUUGAAAGUGAUGCAGUAU